AUGGAAAGUAAAAAAAUUACUGAAAGUCGGAGGUACUAUUUGAUGCAAGUACAAAAGUUCAGGGACAUGAAUUGGUCUAUUUUUUUUACUGAUGAAUCAUGGUGCGGUGCAAAUCAUACACUUUCCUAUGGAUGGAUAGAGCAAGUUUUGACAGAGUAUGUGGACAAUUACGAUAUUUACCGUUCAGGGGUUCAGAAAAUUGGAAAUUAUCGAGGCGGUUUUGUUACCCCGUCAGGCGCUGGUAAACGUGUGAUUUUAUUACACAUUGGAAAUGAAGAUGGCUUCCUCCCAAACUGCAUGAAGUGUUUCAUUGGAAAGAAAGGUUCAGCCGAUUACCAUGGUGAGAUGAACGCUUUACAUUAUGAAGAGUGGUUCAGGGACGUUCUAAUGAAAGUACCAAAAAAUUCUGUAAUCGUAUUGGAUCAAGCACCGUACCAUACGAUGCUUGAUCCAAAUUUUCGAAACGUAACUACAGCUUGGAAGAAAAGUGACAUUAUUGACUGGCUAAUAAAGAAAGGUGUCAACAUUCCGGAAAGUCAUUCUUCUUUUUGUGACAUGAAAAGAAACGAAUUAUAUCAGUUAUCACAACAAUUUCGUUAUCCCAAAGUUUAUCUUUUAGAUACGAUAGCACAAGAAGUAAGAAACGGAGAAGUAAAAUUGUUGUGGCUUCCUGUUGCCCACUGUGAACUGAACCCAAUAGAACUCAUUUGGGCCUUCAUUAAAAAACGCGUUGCUGCUACUAACAAAACAUUUAAAAUCCAAGACGUUUUGGAAUUGUGUAAAGAAAUAAUGUCGAAUUUGCCACCAAAUUUGUGGAAAAAUUGUGUGAGGCACGCAAAAGAAAUUGAAAACGAAUACCGAGGACGCCAUUCUGCAAUUAUGGAAGCGAUUCCAGUACAAGAAUUUAUUAUUAACAUCGGAGACGACAGCGAGGAAGACUUCUCUGACAAUGAGGAUAGUUUUGAAGAUACAAUUGUCUUCGCUGAGGACUGCAAUAACAUUUAA